GUCGUAGGUCAACUUGUUUAUAGCUUCGUCCCUCCCCCUCCCCGCGCCUUUUCCUUCAGUUCGCAGCACCGAGGCGAUAUUCCCCGUCCCCCAUCAUUUUCUCCCAUUUCUUGAUUUCUUGUCAUUAUUAUUAUUACUAUAUUCCCCAACACCUAGAUUCCCUUCCCUGGUGGUUGAUCGAUCGAUGCGCCCAGCCCACAUGGCCGCGUGCCGAUCGCCAUCAUGACAUUGCCAUGGCGGUGAUCGCCGCCGCCGGAGGGGAGGGGGACGCGGGCGUCAUCGCGCAUGUGGUGGUCGACGUCGACGAGAGUUGUGCGGCGGCGGCGGAUGAUGAUGAUCGCAGCCGGCGCCCGAGCACGGGCUGCAGGAUUUGCCACCUCGGCGGCGGCGGCGACGGCGAGAUGGCGGCGGAGAGCGGGAGCGGGCGGCUGGUGAGGCUCGGGUGCGGCUGCCGCGGCGAGCUGGCGGCGGCGCACCGGCGUUGCGCCGAGGCGUGGUUCUCCGUCAGGGGCAACAGGCGCUGCGAGAUCUGCGGCGAGACGGCGGAGAACAUCACCGGCUGGGGCGGCGGAGGCAAGGAGUUCAUGAAGCGGUGGCACGCGACGGCGGGCGUCGACGUCGAAGGCUCCUCCAAGGCAUGCAGCGGCUUCUGCAAGAGCCACUCAUUAUGCAAUCUCUUGAUUGCGUGCUUGAUCAUUGUAAUCGUCUUGCCAUGGUUGCUCCAUAAUCAUGUGCUUUGAGAUCCUCUAAAUUGCCAUUUUGGAUAAAUCAUUUUCAGCUAUUCAGAUGAGAUGGCUAUUUUAGGGUGUGUUUGGUUCACAGUCAUGCAUGGAUGGGACCAUAUUUUGUUGGAUACGACGAUCCAAUUUUUUAUUUGGUUUAUAUAGAUAUAGCGAUCCAAUUUCUUGUUUGGUUGAAUGAAUAUAGCAUGGAUGGAAAAAGACAUAAGUUAGUAGGACC